UAUUAGUAGCUAAUAAAGGGAAUUGAGUGAUUACCCAUCCUUUUAGUCUUGGCGCUGUCUAUUUCCAUUAGUGGGUAAUAUGGAGAGAUAAACACUGGAGAGAGAGGGGCGAUGGGUGCUUUUCGAUUUGGUUAACGUGGGAAAGUUGUGUAAGAAAGAGAUGGUUCUUUCUUUCCUAUUUUCCUUUGAGAUGGGUUCCUUUAAACACCUAUAAGAUAGAGAUAGAGAGAUGGAUGGAGAGAAAGAGUGCGAGAGAGAGAGAGUGGGAGAGAGAGAGAGAGUAAAGUUUUCACUGUUUAAAGGCGGGGGGUUAAUGCUGGCAUGAGUGUGUGAAUUUCUGAAUCAUUGAAAAUCACCCCCUGGAGGAGAAAUAAAUAAAAUAGAAAAGAAUGGUUUUGGGGGAGAGAGAAUUAUGAGUUAUUGAAAAAAGGAUGCAAGUGGAGAGGGAGAGGGAGAGAGAGAGAGGGAGAGGGGUAUUAAGGAUGCUGCUUUCGGCUAAGCUUGAAGAAAAAACGCCUCGUCUAUGCUGUAUUGGGCAGUUGAGGAUAGACGAUUUUCUAACAUCUCUCACCCCUACUGCCUUUUUGCCACACAGCUCUCAGUCGUAGGUUUUCUUCUUUGAAGACUGAGGUUUGAGGUUUUUUUUUUUUUCUUUGGUUGGUUUUCUCUGGUGAAACAAUUAUUGUAUUUCAUCGCUUUUCUGGAGGGAGAGAGGAGGAGAGGUUUGAGGCAAAAAAAUCCCCAAAAUUCAAUGUGGGAUCUCAACGACUCGCCUGAUCAGAGGAGGGACGAUGAAUCGGAAGGCUGUUCUUCACAGAAGACCUCGGUGGACUCCAUCGACGACAAGGGCAAAAGGGUCGGAUCGGUUUCCAACGAGAAUUCGAGCUCGUCAGCUGUAGUAAUCGAGGACGGAUCCGAUGAAGAAGACGGAGAGAGGGGUCAGAGGAAGCGAAGCAGUAAAAUAUUCGGCUUCUCAGUGACCCAUGAAGAUGAGGGUGAGCCACCGGUUACCCGGCAGUUUUUUCCGAUGGAGGAGUCGGAAAUGGGGACUACUUCCUGCGGUGGUGCUGCGGCCUUCCCUCGAGCUCACUGGGUUGGGGUCAAAUUCUGCCAGUCGGAGCCACUCAACACCGCAGGCGUUGCCACCGCCAAGUCACUGGAGGCGUCUCAGCCCUUGAAGAAGAGCCGCCGUGGCCCCAGGUCUAGAAGCUCCCAGUACCGCGGCGUUACUUUUUACCGGAGAACUGGCCGGUGGGAAUCCCACAUAUGGGACUGUGGAAAACAAGUUUAUUUAGGUGGAUUUGACACCGCACAUGCAGCUGCUCGCGCAUAUGAUAGGGCUGCUAUCAAGUUCCGGGGAGUGGAGGCAGACAUUAAUUUCACCCUUGAAGACUAUGAGGAAGACUUAAAACAGAUGGGCAAUCUAACCAAGGAAGAGUUUGUGCAUGUCCUUCGCCGACAAAGUACUGGUUUUCCGAGAGGAAGCUCCAAAUAUAGAGGUGUAACCUUACACAAGUGUGGAAGAUGGGAAGCUAGAAUGGGCCAAUUUUUAGGCAAAAAGUAUGUGUACUUGGGCCUGUUCGAUACAGAAAUUGAAGCUGCUAGGGCCUAUGACAAAGCUGCAAUUAAAUGUAAUGGCAAAGAGGCUGUCACCAACUUCGAUCCCAGUAUUUAUGAAAAUGAGCUCAACUCAUCCGGUAAUGCUGCAGAUCACAAUCUCGAUUUGAGCUUGGGUGGCUCCGCAUCCAAGCAGAACAAUCUGGAAUUGGGGGAUGACAGCCAAGUUGUUACAAUGGAUCAGCAUUCGGUGGGGAUGUCAUUUGAAGCUGAUUGGCGGAGUCGGGGCUUCAGACCUAAGUUCAACCUGCAGCAGGAGGCGUGUAAAAGCGAUGGGGAUGCCCUCCGGAGAAAUGGAUAUAAUGAAAUGGAAACCAUGCAGCUUCUGAGCCACACCCACCUACAAUCGCCAGCGGCAUUAAAGCCAGGUGAAAUGUACAGAUAUGGGCAAUUCAGAAGAGCUGGAGAAACCCAGAUGCUUCAUAUACUUCCGCCACAGCUCAGCUCACCAAAUUAUCAGAUUCAGUUUCCAAGCAGCAGUAACGGAGGCCGAAUUGCUGUCAACGGAGGAGAUCUCUCUCUGGCCACAAACCAUCAACAAUGGCAAUCCGGUCCCCCACAAUUGUUUGCAACUGCUGCAGCAUCAUCAGGAUUCCCACCGCAGAUGAUUAGACCCAACCAACAAUGGCCGCAGAAAAAUGGGUUCCACUCUCUCAUCAGACCCUCCUGACCCAUACAAACAAUUCUUCUUCUUUUUUUUUUCUUUUCAAUCUUUUUUCUCUUUUCUGCCUCAGCCAUCACCUCCCAUUUUCCAUUCUUUUUCAAGCCCCACCAUACUAUGUAAAAAGAAAGGAAAUCAGUGUUGUGUAUGUGGCUGUCUGUCUUCUACCUCUCAAAACCUCCUUUGCAGAGACAAGAACAAAACCAAGGAGGUUUGAGGGGUGGUGUUGGGGGAUAUGAAGAGGAAGGAUUCCUUGUCUCUGGGGAAAUGUGGGUCGUCGGUCAAACUAACAAAGGAACUAAAUCUUCAACUAGAUAUUCUGGCUUCUGACUAAAACUACUGCUGAUCUGUUUAUAUGUAUUGAUGAUGAUUUGUUUUGCCCCUCUGCUCUUUAUAACUGCACCUUUUCUAAUAUUUUAGUUAUCAUCCCUUUCAAUACAAAUUUCCAUGUCUUGAAGAA